CAUUUCUCAUGCUUUUAAAAUUAUUAGCAGACAAAGAAAUACUGCUUCUCUCCAUUUUGCUGAAGCGAUCGCGAUAAAAAAAUUCAAACCGGAUCUAUGCAUUCAAAAAGAAACAGUAAUAAACCUAUUACUACCCUGGUACUUCAUUUUUAUUCUAUUUCUUUGGUCAUUAGUUUUUUGUUAAUGUUUAGUUUGUAUUAUAUUUCUCUUCCAUUAGCGAAUUUUCAACCACCCCUUCAUUCACAAAUUUCCAUUCAUUUGAUUCUCUUAAAUUAUGUGAACUCUUCAAAAUCUAUUCGAUUAUUACGUAACACAUCUUAUAAAGCUUGUGACAUCAGGCAAUAUCGAAGCAGUUCGCACAGGAGGCACAUAUACCAACAAGAGAUUGAUCAGUUGCAGUCCUAAGUGACAAUAGGAAGAUACAACUAAACAACGCUAAGUGAAUAUGACCCAUCUUAUCAGUUUUUAGUUUCAUGAAUCUUGUGUAAACACUUCAUUACCUCAAAAACUAUCACAUGAUCUAUCUUAUCUGUCUCUGAAUUCCACUUAACUAUUACAUCAUCCAUCUUUAAUGUGUCCUUGAUUCCAAC